UAUCAAAUACGGUUCGUGGUCGCAAUGAUAUGACAGUCGCUAUCGCCAUUAUGACAUGUGAUUGGGCAGUUGAAAUUAAGUUGCAUUUACAAAGAUAAAUACGUCCUUCAACGACUUUAUUAGUUUAUCUAAAGGUGUUGAUUUAUAACGUGUGGAAAUGGUUGAUAUCGACAUGUCGAAUUCGGAUAUGGACUUGGGCAGUAUGAUCAAAGACCAGGUGGCCCAAUCGAUUCAAAACGUAGACGUGUUGUCUAUGCUCCAAAAAAUGGUCGCCUCCACACCCGAGGACGAAGAAUCCGAGGAUAUUCGUCAGAAAUUACAGGGAAUACUGGCGCAGUAUAACAAUUUGCCGGAGAACGAAAAAAUUCAAUUCGUUCAACAGUUGAAGGAUGUUCUAGCAAGCAAAUUGGCGAUGAAAUUGAAAGAUAGUCCGAUUGAUUUUAGCGGAGUCGAAGACGCCAUUAAGGAUGCGGUCGUGUCACAGCUGUAUUUCGUAGCGGCCGCCAUAUUUGUUUUUAUAGUGCUAUUGGUAUUCUUCGGUUAUAAACUCUACAAAUCCAUAAAGGACAAGGAAAAGAAGAGAGAAGAGAAGAAAAAGUUGAAGCAAAUGAAAAAGAAGAAGUAAGAAGCGUUGAGCUCGUACGGCUUCAGUGAUAUGCCUAGAAAAAUAUUUUAAUCUGUAUCUAUUAUGUCAUUCUACAUUUAACUUUUUUUUUUUAAUAUCUGAACUCAACGCUGUGGAAUAAAGCUGGUGCUACAUUACAGGGCCAACUUUAAACAAAUGUUUUCUAUAUUAUCAUAAAUAAUUUAUGUUCAUUGUUAAGUAUAAUUACUAACUUGCAUUAAUAUUUCAUUUUAUAAACGUACGUAAUAUAAGUUAUUUUAAUUAAUUUUAUUAAAAUAUAUAUUUGAAUUAUAUAAGGCUCUAAAUGUUUUUUUUUUUGUGUAAAUAUUUUUCAGGCUAUAUCAUAUAAACGACUGAUUAUAAUCUUAAAUAAGGACAUAUUUAUUCUGUUGAUGAAUGGAUACUGGACGUAUAGUUUUAUUUUUUAUCUGUUAUUUUUUUUUUUUUUAUAUUUAAGUCAGAUUUCAAAUAUCGAAUGAUGUUCAAAUUUUAAUGACAUUCCAAUUAUAUUUUGUUAAAAAAGUUUUGUCGUUUAAUUAUUAAAUUAAACAAAUUAUCAAUAAAGUUAAUAUUCAUCUGUUUUAAUUACCUUAUUUUCUAAUUAUUAAACUCUAGGUGUAAAUAAACCAAUCGCCAAUUCCGAAUACAGGUUUUACCGAGAAGAACCGACAAGGAACUUAGUACCUAGUUGCAGUACCUUAUUACUAUUUUACUAAAUAUAAUACAUAUAAUAUGCAGUUAAUGGGAGACGGGAGUCAAAUAACGUAGACAGACAGACUCAAUAUUUUCAAUUUAAUAGAAUUUAUUUAAAACUAAAAAUAAAUUAAGCCUUCCUUUGUCUUUCCUUUAUUAAAAAAAAAACUUCAA